AUGUUCUCCACGUUAAUGCAACCUUCCGAUGCUCAUGUUGAUCCACCCGAAGAACUAUUGUGCCCAAUUACGCUAUCGCUCUUUCAAGACCCAGUAGUGUGCGAGGACGGUUUUACAUACGAACGACAGGCUAUUGAGCAGUGGCUUCGAGAUGGCGGCAAGAGUCCUAUGACGAAUCUACCUCUUGGACAGCGAUUUCUCCCCAAUCAGAACAUGAAGAGCCGUGUGUUGGAAUGGAAAGAGAGACAAGCAUCACGUUUGGUAAUGCCAUUGCCAUUUCAUUUACAUGAUGCUCUCUAUGUUAUUAAAAGUCCUGAAUUGGACCAGCUACGUCCGAUGAUUCAUCGAUCUCUGCGGCACUUGAGUGAGCAGUUUCAGAUCGUCCGCGUCGAACGAAACGUCAAUGAAAGAUUAUGGGCAUCCUACGCAGCAAAGCGAAAGGCGAUGACAGAUCAAGGUAUUCAGAUUCACGAAGCUUAUGGAUUCCACGGGUGUUCUUCAAUUGCUAAUCUCGAUGCAAUUCUUCAGCGAAACUUUGAUCCUACGUUAAGUAAUGGAGGUCCUUGUGGAAAAGGUAUCUACCUAAGCAGCGCCAUCGUAUAUCCGGUACAGACGAACAAGAUUACUUGGACCGACGAAGAAAAAACUCAGUGCAAGAUUAUCGCAGCCAGAGCAGUGUUCGGAAACUGCGUUGUGGGAACUGAAGAACUGCGGUGUGCUCCUCAUGGUGCGCAAUCCACGUUUACGUUGGCGAUGGGUGGGCAUGUUUUCUGCAUCUACGAUGCUACACAGAUCUACCCAGAAUUGGCAGUACAUCUAAAGCGAAUUGCUGUCCUAGAAGACCAUGACAUUACUGACUGGAGCAUGGCUGCAUCUGAAGCUAUAGCGAAAGCAGGAGCGAUAGAAAUGGUUGAACCAAUUCUGAGCAAUCCCCUCAUUGAAUUCUACGAGUCACCUGGUCAUCCAUGUGAAUAUAGACUGCCAGAAGCUGAGAAGCGUAGAGGUAGAAUCGUUGGUAAAGGCGAAGAUGGAAAGAUAGCCGUAUUUCCUGAACGUGUGGAUCUUGUUUCUGAUGAUGAUGACGACAAUGAAGUACAGACGAUUAGAGAAGAAGUUGUUUUUGUUGAAAAAGAUCAAGUAUUCCCAGAUGACAGGAUUCCAAUUGCUCUCCCAUGGAAAGGACAAGGCAUUUGCUUCAGCGCUCCGCAUCUCUCCGAACCCCUCGUGGAAAUUUUGGAAGAAAACAUCGAAGGUCUUACAGCGAAUAAGAGAGGAGUGAAAACAACAUUUCUUUCUGUUUUUUCGACAUACAGAUUGUACGGCGUAGCGAUGUUUUUUAUUGGAGGAGCCGUUCGUCACGCGCUCACGGAAGACUUCAAGGGAAUCAAUGACGUCGAUGUUACCUAUGGACAGCACCCUAAAGUUAUGAAAGAUAUUGCUGAAGCGGUCGGAUUCGGGCCCAUCGAAAUAGUAGCAGGUAUUAAAACGCAAUGGGGUACUGGAAAGUUCGUGAUGGAAGGCAAUCCGAUACAAUCGUUUAGUGUGAGAUGGACUCCUGAGCUGACCGAGAACAGAAUCAAAACUCACAUUAUUUCCAACGAUCUUGUAGACAACUUGAUCACAAUGGACUUUACUUGCAACUCGGUAGCUUUCGAUCCUGUACAAGAUAUAUUUAUCGAUGCAUCUGGCUAUGGGUUAUAUGACAUACAAAAGAGACUUAUUCGUGUUCCUGUAAGUCGGGACCAGUGGGAUCUUUGGUACUAUCAGAACAAGCGCAAACCUUUUCGCUAUUGGAAAAUGAGAAUGCUAAAUUAUAGUGCCGCAUCCAAUGAGUUUCAUGAUUUCAUGUGUCAGAAGUCAGUAGAGUCUCUGGAGGAUAAUACCGAAGGAGGUGCUGAGAAGCUAUUGAACGUGAUUUGCAAAGUUACACGGUAUCGAUCGCAUGUGCUACCAAAAUUCAAAAAAUUAUUUUGUCAAGAGAUGAACGAAGCAGAAAAGCGACAGGUGAUUGCGAAAGGUGCCACUGAACGUGUGUGGAAAGCGAUCGCAGAGGCGUAUAAUGGAAACCAAUAG